AAGCAUUACUGCUGUUAGAAUAACAGAAUCACUGUCAUCAUCUGUCCUCACCACUGUGUUUUCCUCUCUGCUGUUUACAGCUGAAUACUCAGUCAGACUGGUGAAUGGGACCACUUCCUGUUCUGGGACAGUGGAAGUCUUCUACAGAGGAUAGUGGUCAGUUCUAUGUUCUAGGUGGUGGAGCAUGAUGAGAGAGACUAAGGUUGUGUAUAGACAGCUGGACUGUGGGAAUCCUGUAGCUGAAUCUGGAGGACCUCUGAUUGAAGAUGGAAGAAGAGGAAUCAGACUAUUUAGAUGCAGGGGACAUGAGCCUUCUAUUAGACAGUGUGACAUCAUAGGAGGACCUGGUGUCUGUGAUGGUGGAUAUUAUCAUCAUGUGACCUGUUCAGAGUCUGUGCGGCUUGUGGAUGGAGCUGGUCUCUGCUCUGGGAGAGUGGAGGUGAAGUCCAAUCAGUCCUGGGCCUCAGGGUGUGAAGCUGACUUUGACCGGCAGGAUGCAGAGGUAGUCUGUGGGGAGCUUGGCUGUGGGGCUCCUGCAGCUCUACAGGGGGGGCUCUAUGGAGGAGGUGAGGGUCAGACCUGGGAUAAAGAGUUCCAGUGUAAAGGCAAUGAGUCCCUUCUCCUGGACUGUGACACCUCAGACAGAGAAAACAACACCUGCCUACCUGGUAAUGCUGUUGGACUCACCUGCUCAGUCCUUGACAGUGUCAUCAACAAAACUGAUUGA